UUCAAGUUGGGACGGAGGGGAUUAUUCCUUAAGAUAGGGGGGCGGAAGGAUGGGAGAAAAUGAGUUUAUUGUAUUUUUAUCGUAAGAAUCUAUAUUCCCCAACAGCAAAUGUGCUCAUGCAAAAUCUGGAUCCCGCGGCCACCUAAGUCCAUAAACAAAGUCAUCAGAAUCCGCCCUACCCGGACGCAAAAACUCAUGCAAAGUCUCCCCGCAAACUUGACAAUGCUCAACAUCACGAACCUCAACACCCUCCGCAGAGUCUCGAACCGCCAGCCAUUGUCCCUUGGGAGCCGUCCAAACCAUCGACACCGGGUAACGGAGCCCGUUCAUGUGUUCACGCUCGGCAGCAUCCGUGUCACUCAGACACCACUCGCACCCGGGUCCUUCAAUACCCGCACUCCUGCCCACCAACUCGCUGACCUGCUCUUGCAGCACCGUCGUCCAUCUCGAGACCCUCGUAUAUUCCGGCAUCCUGAGCUCGAACCUGCGAAGUUUUCCCGAGUAAAGAAGGGUGCGCAGUCCGUUCAGGACAGGCAUCCAGUCGAAACGAAUGAACAAACCACAGAAGAAGCUGAAGGAGGGCAAGUCGAAGUGGAUGGAGACCCUCGAGAGGUUCGGCAGGCUGGUAUCGGAAGCUAGUCGACGCAAGGCUGUUCCCAUGGCGUACAGCCGAUCCUGGCAAAUCUGCUCGCUUCGGAACUUCAU